UAACUGCUCAACUACACCAAACCUUGAUCAUUUGAAAACCUUGUUAAUUAGGAAACCCAGAAAAAAAGAGGAGAGAGAAAGUGAUGGGGUGGGCAAUAGCUUUGCAUGGAGGAGCAGGUGACAUCCCUCUUGAUCUUCCUGCUGAUAAACGACAAGCUCGUGAAGAAGCCCUCAAACAUUGUCUUGAUAUUGGUGUCACCGCUCUUAAAGUUGGCCGCUCUCCCCUUGAUGUCGUCGAACUUGUGGUACGUGAACUAGAAAACCAUCCACUCUUCAAUGCUGGCCUGGGUUCGGUCUUGACCGCUGAUGGCUCUGUUGAAAUGGAAGCGUGUAUUAUGGAUGGUAACACCAAGAAAUGUGGUGCUGUUUCUGGUCUCAAAACUGUUGUGAAUGCCAUUUCUCUUGCACGGCUAGUCAUGGAGAAGACGCCGCAUAUAUAUCUUGCAUUUGAAGGGGCAGAGGCAUUUGCUAGAGAACAAGGCGUUGAAACUCAGAAACCAAGUCAUUUUAUCACUCCGGCAAAUGUUGAAAGGCUCAAACAAGAUAAAGAAGCAAACAGAGUGCAGCUAGACUACACUCAGUCCAUCGAGAAAGAAGUGAAAGUGGAAACACACGAAGUGAGUGGUGACAGCCAGUUAGGCACAGUUGGAUGUGUUGCAGUUGAUGGCAAUGGCAACUUGGCUACUGCAACCUCUACAGGGGGCGUUGUCAACAAGAUGGCUGGAAGGAUUGGAGACACCCCAAUCAUUGGAGCAGGCACGUAUGCCAACACUUAUUGUGCUGUCUCUGCCACUGGGAAAGGGGAAGCCAUCAUACGUGGUACUGUUGCACGACAUGUGGCUGCACUUAUGGAAUAUAAAGGUGUUUCUUUGAAAGAAGCAGCAGAUUAUGUUGUGAAAAAUGGUGACCCAGAAGGCACUUUUGGGCUGAUUGCUGUAUCAGCUACAGGAGAGAUCGCUAUGCCAUUCAAUAGUACUGGGAUGUUCCGUGCUUGUGCUUGCCAAGAUGGUUCCUCAGAGAUUGCAAUACAUUAAAUGGCCUAAUAUAAUUUGAAAUAUAGAAGAUCAAUGUUUGAUGAAGAAGGCAUUCUGUUUGAAAAAUGUGUAAUUUGUGGAGUGCUUCACUUUACUUGACAAUGGGGAUUCGCUAAAGACGAAAUGUAUAAUGUCCUGAAGCCGCAAAAGACAAGUUAGCCAAGCAAACCAACUAGUAGCAAUGAAGUUAUGCAGGCUUAGAUAUUUUUUCAAUUGAUGGGAAUGUAAACGAUUUUGCUAUCCAUUUGAUUUUUCGUUCAUUGCAACUUAUUUCUCCUAAAAAAUUGUAGAAUAAAUGAUCAAACUUUGUGAGUAGUGGGUUAGACUUCACUAGAUUUUCUCCAA